CACACCCCCGCCUCCCCCAACCCCCCUCCAACCUCCUCUUUUUCCUGCGCUUGAGUUUGCGGAGAAUCCAACGGUUACUUUGUGUAUGUGUUUAAGUUCGGAUGGGGGAUUUUCUGAAGAAUUAUGUUUACCCGUAAGCACGGCAUAUGAUAUCUCACAGACAACACACGGAACCUGUCUCAUUUGUUCUCUAUAUUGUGAUUGGAUGAUUGAAAAAUAGAAUAUGUCAGUGCUAGCUACUAGUGGCGAAGAAUCUUGUCCAUUUAGACAGCACUUGCUCAUCCUUUUGCUCCUGAUUGGUCCUCAAAAUCAGCGAGAUUUUUUAUUGAGGAAAAAGGAAGAGAUAUUAUUUUGCUAUGUUUUGCAUGCACAUCCAUUUAACAACUUCUAGUUCUCUCUUCCCUUCUACCCAUCCCCCCACCUUGAGAAGCUCUAAGCCAAGCUCUAGUCAUGAACAACGCAAAGGUUUAUCUGGUUGCUGUCCUGAUAAGUUUGAUACGUGUCGGCAUGCAGAUUCUCACCAAGGCUGCCUUCAAUACAGGCAUGAGCACUACUGUUUUUGUGUUCUAUAGACAAGCAUCUGCAGCUCUGUUCUUGACACCUAUCGCAUUUGUACUUGAAAGGAAAAGAGCUCCACCACUACCAUUUAUGGUUUGCUUCAAGAUUUUCAUGCUAGCUUUCUUGGGGCUUGCGGUUUACUUCAACAUACUCUCCCUGGCUCUUGAUUAUACUUCAGCAACAUUGGCAGCUGCAAUGAUAAAUUUCAUUCCUGUGCUUACCUUCAUUUUUGCUGUUCUAUUUGGAAUGGAAGCUAUCAAGUUAAGGAGUCGUAAAGGGAUUGCAAAAGUUUCUGGAGUAGUGCUCUGCCUAGCCGGUAUUUUGACAAUGGCCUUCUACAAAGGACCUCACUUGAAAUCCUUUAUCCACCAUUCCCUCCUUGGCCAAGGACAUAGCCACAGCGAUCGAAGUCACAGCCAUUCUCACAAUACAUGGAUCUUGGGAACCUUCCUCAUGACCAUUGCCGCUUCAACAUUGUCUUUGUGGAUGGUGCUACAGGGACCUGUGUUGCAAGAGUAUCCUUCCAAGCUUCUAUUCACUACCCUACAGUGCCACUUUGGCACCGCUCAAUCAUUCUUCAUAGCACUGGCUUCUGAGAGGGACUUCUCUCGGUGGAAGUUGGGCUCCGACAUCAAUCUAAUCGCAGUGGGUUAUGGUAGCAUCAUUGGCAUUGGAGUUUCAUAUUACUUGCAGUCAUGGACCAUUGAGAAAAGAGGGCCAGUUUUCUUAGCCAUGUUCAUGCCGUUAACUCUAGUCAUCACCAUGAUACUCUCUUCAUUUCUCCUAGCAGAACAAAUUGGUUUGGGAAGUGUUUUAGGUGGAAGCCUGAUGGUCGGAGGCCUUUACAGUGUUCUCUGGGGAAAGAGUAAAGAACAUGCUGAUAGCAACAUACAAAUGAGGGAAGAUGGAGAAUCUUGCUUAGAGGAGAAAAAAAUCGCACCAUCAGUUGAGACUACACAAGCAACAUAAGUUGUCCAAUUAUGACGUAGAACCGGUUGCCGAUCGCAGAGGACGUCGCAGCUGUGGAGAUGUUUCGACCAUGGAUGAAGUCGCUAUUAACGAAGAGUUGGGAUCAACCAUCUGAUUUCCGUUUCGUCUAGUCAAGAGUCCUUCUGAAUUCGAACUCUGUUUUGAAUGAGGCAUGAGUCUUUGUUUCUGUUUUAAGUUGGUUUAGGUUUGGUUUGUUUUAUUUUCUGAAUCCUGGUUGAAUCCCGGUUGGAGUAGGAGUCCUUUGUUUCGUUUGAGUUAAAGGGUUGGGGUUGUGUAGCCUAUAUAAGGCAUCGUUGAAGACCUUGAGGGGGUUUUUUCCGUUCUGUUUUUUUUCUUCAACCGCCAUUGAUUGAAAACUAGAGAACUCUGUUCUGUUUUCUGAAUAUCAGCAUUCCUGUUUUAUGCUCUGUUUUGAGUCA